UUGGAUUUCUUUUUUUUAAAAAGCAUUAAUUUUAAGAAUAAUAAAAUUUAAAUUUUAAGAAUAUAUAAUUAUUUAUGCAAUUACGUCGAAUUAGUUUAUGCAUCUGGAGUGCCUCUAGAAACUAGAUUUUUUAAUAUUUAAAAACUUGGAAAGUAAAAGAAGAGACAAUUUUAGUAAAAUAGAUCGAAUUGUCACGAUAAUAUGGCAUUCCUAUUAUUAAUGGGUCUUCAUUAAUAUCUCUUUAUCAUCCAAUUAGUUCUUAUUAAUUUUUUUUCUCUCGACAUUGAUCGCAUUUGUAGAAAUGUAUGAAAUAGGAUUGAUAAGAUAACGUAUACGCGUGUAAAUUCAUACUUUGGGAAUAAUAACACGUGAUGGUAUAAGAGAGCGACGCGUAAACGUGGACAUUUUUCUUUACAUAUGUUCUGACAUUUCAAAAAGUUUUCACUCGAUCCUUUCGAAAGAUUUACAAAUAAUAGAUUUAGGAAUUUAUUUUUUCUAUGCCUUAUCGACAUUUUGAGAUUACACAAUUUAUACAAUUAAUUAAAAGAAUUAAGCAUAAACUCCUUCGACCAAACAUCUAAAUUAGUUCGAUUUGCGUGACGUGGACUGACAGCUUAAAUAUAUCGCUAUAGAGGACACGGUAAGAUUUUAUUUACGAUAUUAUAAUAUUGAAAUAAACAUAUUAUCGACAAUGCGAUAGGCACUAUUUUUUCUAUUUUAUCUUUACCAAUGUCGUAAUAUAAUUGAGUCGUUUCUAUAUUUUCUGCUCUUCUCGGCAUUCCUGAUUUCACGCGCGCGCGUGUGUAUACCUUUACGCCCUAUAUGUAUUAUAUUUGUUUGAUUUUUUUUUCUUCUCUUUACAUAUCACACACACAUGUUUCAGAUUAUUGGAAGAAACUAUUAGGAUGUCAAAAAAAAUUAUAUGUUUAUUUGAUAUAGAUGGCACUUUAACUGAACCAAGACAACCAAUCAAAAGCAAUGUGGAGAAAUUUCUUUUGACCGUUUUGAAAAAAGAUUUUGACAUUGCCGUAGUUAGUGGAUCAGAUUUGAAUAAAAUUAAGGAACAACUUGGUAGUGAAAAUAUAUUUGAGAAAUAUAAAUACAUUUUUGCAGAAAAUGGACUCGUUGCUUUCAGGGAUGGCAAUUUAUUACCGUCACAGACAAUUCAAAAUAUGAUUGGAGAAGAUGCACUACAAGAUGUAAUAAAUUUCUCAUUAAAAUAUGUAUCAGAACUUAAACUACCUUUUAAACGUGGAACUUUCAUAGAGUUUAGAACUGGCAUGCUUAACAUUUCACCAGUCGGACGUAAUUGUACAAAGGAAGAACGUGAACAAUUUUAUGAAUAUGACAUAGAAAAUCAAGUGCGUCAAAAAUUCAUACAAGCACUUAAGAAAGAGUUUCCUAAUUUGGCCUUGACAUAUAGCAUAGGUGGACAAAUAUCUUUCGAUGUGUUCCCAGUUGGUUGGGAUAAAACGUAUUGUUUAAGACAUAUACAAGGCUAUGAGGAAAUACAUUUUUUUGGUGAUAAAACAACGAUCGGUGGCAAUGAUCACGAAAUUUAUGAAAGUGAUUUAACUGUUGGACAUCGUGUAACUGGUCCUGAAGAUACAAUUAAUCAACUAAAUAUCCUUACAACUCUUGUUAAAGAGAAUAAGGAAAAGGAACAAAUGGCAAUACCAAUGCAAUGCGUAUAAGUUACACCGUACAAAUUUUUCUUGUAAAUAUUAAGAUGUUAAAUAUUAUGCCAAAUUUUCAAUAUAAAGAAAAUAUUAAUAUCAAAUGGUAGAUUCUUUUCCAAUAUAUUCUCCAUAAACUUUUUCUAUUCUAUUUCAAAAGUGAAUUAUAAUAAAUAAAGAAUUCAUUAAUUGUUAUUAUACACUUCAAAUGUUAAAUAAAAUAUAUCUCCCAUUGUGUAUAUUACACACCGUAUUGUAUUAAAAUAUAAAUAUAUACAAUUCACGUGCUUGUAUGAAAUUUUAACAAUUCAUGUUUUUCAUACAAGCUAAUGAAAUAAGAAUUAUUUUAAUAAUGAAGCAAAUAAAAUUCUUAAUUUGUAAUUAACUAUUUGUGUGCUUUAUAUAAAACAUAUAUAUGUAUAUGUAUAUGUAUAUUAUACAUAUAUAUAUAUAUAUAUAUAACAAUAUAGAUUAUCAUUUAUCAAAAAUCAAGUGGUUUUACAAUAAUUUUAGAGAACGUAUAAUAAGAAAUAUAUAUUUGAUCAUAUCAUUUCCACGAAUGCUUUUUAAUUAAGUUAUUGGUUUUAAAUAACUGAAGAAGUGAUGAUACACAAAAUGCUCAUUUAUUAAAGAUUUAUAAAGAUGAAUUUACUAAGAAUUUUCUUUUUAAUUUCUUUCUUUCAAGCAACUUUAUUAUAAUCAAAGUAUUAUCAAUUACUUAGGCUGCAUGAACGUCAUAAAGGUACAAUAUGAAUCCAAAUGCUUCAGAAAAUGGAUGUAUUAUAAGAUUUCACGUAGUUUACCGCUAAUUAUGCAGAAAUGUGAUAUAAAGAAGUAAAUUUAUAUUAUCAGAUUGUGUAGAAAAUAUUAGUAAAUAUUUACAUAUCUCGAUCCAUCACCACUUAACUUAAUGCGGAUCGAAAAAUGUAUAAUGAUUCAAUACAGAGAAUGAUUUAAUAAUUAAAAGUUGUACUUUUGUACCUCUUUACUUUAAGAUCAAAUUGCAAUACGAGAAUAAUUUUAAUAUGUAUAAUAGAACGCGCAAAAAUAAAAUUAAAUGACUUCAUUGUGAAGUACAAAUGUACAUUAGAGUUAUGAUAUAAACUCUACAUGAGUAAUUCUUAUAUGUACUAUGCAAGUUGCUCGAGUUCGGGUAAAUCUAGAAUUUGUCCGACGAACUCAGCGACAUCGGUAUCUUUUUUUGCAUGUUCUUUAAUGAAACUGAGCUCCAGAAGUUGACUGUAAUUUGGACGAGCAGUAUAGUCCUUCAUCAAACUGAAAAGUUAUUGUUUGAAUAUACUUUUAUGUUAUGUCAUAUAAGAUUUUUAAUGAAUUAUUGAAAAUGAUCCUAUUUAUAAGCAGAUUUCCUUAAUUACCAUUUGUUAAUAAAUUCUUCAAAACUAGAUGAGAACUUGCCAGAAGGUAAUUUUGGUGCUUCGUCUUUAACAACUUGUUUUAAUUGUUCAAAUGGUGUACCCCAUGAUUCAUAAGGAAACUUUCCUGUAGCUAAUUCGACAAGAGAAAUUCCUAAAGACCAGACAUCAGAUCUGAUGUCAUACUGUGAAGGAUUUCCUGAUGGAUCUAUCCUUUCUGGCUAAAAAAAGAUAAUGAUAAAGAAUGUAUCGAAGGAGGAAAAAAAGAAGGAGGAAGGAAAAGACAAAAAAUGAUAAAACACAUAUAGAAACGUACAGCCAUGUAUGGUUUACAUCCAGCGUCUAUAGUUUUAGCAACGGAAUCAACAAGGUAACCAGAAAUUCCAAAAUCACAGAUUUUAACUUCACCCUCUCGAUUAAUGAGAAUAUUACUGGGCUUGACAUCUCUAUGUAUAACCCUUAGUUUCGAAUAGAGAUAAUGCAAUGCGCUAACUACCUGUAACGAUAAAACGUAACGAUGAAAUGAUUUUAUCAAUAAAUUUGCAUAAAAUUUUUAUGUUAACAAUGA